AUGGCCCUAAUUUUAUUAAAUCAGGCCCUGGGUGAUGCUGCUUCUUUCGUGGCUGACAUACCUACAUCCUCCGGUUCGGUUCAAUCCGUCCGACAGACAUUAUUUCCACAGAAUAAUAAAUUAUGUUAUUUCUUCCAUAACGUCGAUUUCGAUCUGCCGUUCACUGGCCGCAGGACGGGACUCGUUUUCGAAGCGACAAUCUCGGUCUGCUUAGCAGCCGUUAUGACAAGACACAUCGGAAAAGUAACAGCAGACAGCACGAAGUUUAACGAACGUCGUAUGGCCACAGCUCGCAAGGCUUUGGUCAAUGCGUCGGAGACGACUACCAUUUUACUAUGA